AUGGCUCAGGAGACCAAUCAGACUCCAGGACCUAUGCUGUGCAACACAGGAUGUGGCUUUUAUGGGAACCCUAGGACAAAUGGAAUGUGCUCAGUGUGUUAUAAAGAACAUCUUCAAAGGCAGAACAGUGGCCGGAUCAGCCCAAUGGGAGCAGCCGGAGGUUCAACUAGUCCUACUGCUGAAUCAGCAUCUAUACAGAGAGUAGAAAGUGCAUUAAACUGUGAAAGUGAUGUUGCCAGCCAGACUGAAAAAUCAAGAAAUGUGGCUGCCUUGCCUGUAACUCAGCAAAUGACAGAAAUGAGCAUAUCAAGAGAAGACAAUGUGACCUCUCCAAAUUCAGAGUCCACAGAACCAGUUGUGACUCAACCAAGUCCAUCAGUGUCUCAGCCCAGCACAUCACAAAAUGAAGACCAGGCACCAGAGCUCCCAAAACCAAAGAAAAAAACAGAUGUUUUAUGUGUAGAAAGAAGAUUGGUCUCACAGGUUUUGAUUGCCGUUGUGGGAAUUUGUUUUGUGGACUUCACCGUUACUCUGACAAGCACAACUGCCCUUAUGAUUAUAAAGCAGAAGCUGCAGCAAAAAUAAGAAAAGAGAAUCCCGUUGUUGUGGCAGAAAAAAUUCAGAGAAUAUAA